AUGUUCAAGUUAUUUGGUAUAAUGCUGUUGACAGCAAGUGUGCUGGCACGCCCAGAACCACCAGUGAACUCUUAUUUGCCACCAUCACCUGGCGAUAGCUACGGAGCACCAGGUCAGGGGCAAGGCCAGGGACAGGGUGGUUUCGGUGGCAAGCCCUCUGAUAGCUAUGGUGCUCCAGGCGCAGGCAACGGUAACGGCAACGGCAAUGGUAACGGACGUCCAUCAAGCAGUUAUGGUGCUCCGGGUCAGGGACAGGGCAGACCCUCGGAUUCUUAUGGUGCUCCUGGCGCAGGCAAUGGCAACGGAGGCGGACGUCCUUCGAGUAGCUACGGCGCACCUGGUCAGGGUCAGGGCGGUUUGGGUGGACGUCCUUCGAGCAGCUAUGGAGCUCCUGGCACUGGAAAUGGCAACGGCAAUGGACGACCAUCAAGCAGCUAUGGCGCUCCUGGUCAGGGACAAGGCGGCAAGCCAUCUGACUCCUAUGGUGCUCCUGGUGCAGGCAACGGUAAUGGUAAUGGGCGUCCUUCAAGCAGCUACGGCGCGCCUGGUCAGAGUCAGGGUGGCUUUGGAGGAAAGCCUUCAGAUAGCUAUGGUGCUCCUGGGGCUGGCGCUGGCAACGGUAAUGGCCGUCCAUCGAGCAGCUAUGGCGCUCCCGGUCAGGGUCAAGGACAAGAUGGAUUCGGUGGUAAGCCCUCUAGCACAUAUGGCGCUCCAGGUGCUGGUAAUGGCAAUGGCAGCGGACGUCCGUCGAGCAGUUAUGGCGCUCCUGGUCAAGGCCAAGGAGGUUUCGGUGGCAAGCCCUCAGAUACAUAUGGUGCUCCAGGUGCUGGCAAUGAUCGUCCAUCGAGCAGUUACGGCGCACCAGGUCAGAGUCAAGGACAGGGCGGCUUUGGUGGCAGACCCUCCGACUCAUAUGGUCCGCCGGCAUCAGGGGCUGGCGCAGGCGGCGCUGGUGGUCCCGGCGGUGCAGGUGGUGACUACGACAACGAUGAGCCCGCUAAAUACGAUUUUAAUUACCAAGUUGAGGACCCUCCAAGUGGUCUCUCAUUUGGUCAUUCAGAGAUGCGCGACGGUGACUUCACCACCGGCCAGUAUAAUGUUCUGUUGCCCGAUGGAAGGAAGCAAAUCGUGGAGUAUGAGGCGGAUCAGCAGGGUUAUCGUCCGCAAAUACGAUAUGAAGGCGAUGCAAAUGGUGGUGCCGGUGGUGCUGGCGGUGCUGGCGGUCCAGGUGGUCAGGAUUUGGGUCAAAGUGGAUACUCUAGCGGUCGUCCAGGCGGUGGUCAGGAUUUGGGCCAGAAUGGUUAUUCCGGUGGUCGUCCAGGUGGUCAAGACUUGGGCCAGAAUGGUUACUCCGGCGGCCGUCCAGGUGGUCAGGAUUUGGGUCAGAAUGGCUAUUCUGGUGGUCGUCCCGGCGGUCAAGGCUUGGGACAGAAUGGUUACUCCGGUGGACGUCCCGGCGGUCAGGAUUUGGGUCAGAAUGGUUAUUCUGGCGGUCGUCCCGGUGGUCAAGAUCUAGGUCAGAAUGGUUACUCAAGCGGACGUCCAGGCGGUAAUGGUGGCUCCGAUGGAGGUCGCGUAAUCAUUGGUGGACGCGUGAUUGGCCAGGAUGCUGGAGAUGGCCAGGGUUACUCGAGUGGUCGUCCCAAUGGCCAGGAUGGCGGCUUCGGCCAGGACAACGUAGACGGACGAGGUUACUCCAGCGGCAAGCCAGGCCAGGGACGCAAUGGCAACAGUUUCGGACCCGGUGGUCAGAACGGCGACAACGACGGCAGUGGCUACAGAUACUAG